AUUACUAUUGUGCAUGUUUUCACACUUUUCAUUGUUUAAAAUCAAUUCUGACUCAUUGUACCACAAAGAUAUCUUGUCAAAAUCAUUUCACAGUUGGUUUUGGUCGCCUGAUGAAUUAAAAAGACAGUAAAUGAUAGCAUAAUCUGCAAACAAUCUGAGAGGCUCGCUGAGAUUAGCACCUAAAUACUUUAUGUAGAGCAGGAACAGCGGAGUGCUUACAGCACUUCUCUGGGGAAUGGCAGAUAUUAGCAGAGGGCGACAGAUAUUAGAUAUUUCAGUUUUACUCAAUGGCAUUCCACAUCUACAUCUGCAAACCACCAUGAAGUGCAUGGCAGAGGAUAGUGUUUGGUCACUUCAGAAGUAUGCCAAGUUAGAAAAUGGUUCUUGGGUGCAAGUGGAUGGCAAUGGAAAUCUAGACCUCAUAAAACAGGGUCUUCAACUCCUUGUAGUUCAUCAGGGAACUGGUCUUGACUCCAUUACCCUGAACAGUAAUCCUCAUCAGCUCAAAGGAUUUUGGAAGGGUAGUACAUUGGCCAUUGCUAUUAAAUACAAGUUGACAACACGCAGAAUAAAAUUUAAAUUUGCAGCUACAAAAAAUCACUCAUCAGUGAUGAAUUGUGGUGCCUGUGUUCACAUGCUGAAAAACUACAUGCACAUAACAGACAACACAGGUACAGCUCAACAAGAAACUCUUCAGGUAACAGAGUUGUAUGAGUAUAUACUAAAGGCAAAUUCUAUUGAGAGACCUCUGGUACCAGGUACAAUCACAAACUGUGUACACACAUUGGAGUGAUGCUAGUCAACAGUCAGGAAUGCAAAGCAUGAUGAAAUUUAAAAUUAUAUACAACUUUUCACAAUAUUAAAGUUCAGUGUAGCCAACUGAAUU